CCACCCAGCUGAGAGCCCUUAAAAGCACAGGGUGAGAAGAGGGCUGUGUUGGUUGGGAUGGCUUCUGGGGAGCAGAGGAGACAGGAGGAGCGGCGCAGGCGCAGGGCUCAGCAGCAGGAGCUGCAGGUGGCAGAGAGCCUGGGCAAGCACCCACUGCACAACAGGUGGGCCCUGUGGUUCUUCAAGAAUGACAAGAGCAAGAUGUGGCAGGCCAACCUACGCCUGGUCACCAAGUUCAGCACGGUGGAGGACUUCUGGGCGCUGUACACCCACAUCCAGCUGGCCAGCAAGCUGACAUCGGGCUGUGACUAUUCCCUCUUCAAGGACGGCAUCGAGCCCAUGUGGGAGGACAGCCAGAACAAGCGCGGUGGGCGCUGGCUCAUCACCCUCGCCAAGCAGCAGAGGCAUACAGAGUUGGACCGCUUCUGGCUGGAGACGCUCCUGUGCCUCAUCGGGGAGAUGUUCGAUGAGUACAGCGAUGAGGUGUGCGGGGCCGUCAUCAACAUCCGUGCCAAGGGGGACAAGAUCGCCAUCUGGACCCGGGAGGCGGAGAACCGGGAGGGGGUCACCCACAUCGGGCGCGUCUAUAAGGAGCACCUGGGGCUGUCGCAGAAGGUGGCCAUAGGGUACCAGGCGCACGCGGACACGGCCACCAAGAGCGGCUCCCUCACCAAGAACAAAUUUAUUGUGUGAGCACGGGGGGAGCGGGACCCCGCUGCCCGACCCCGCAAUGAAUGGCUGCAGCUCAGCGGGCUCCGUGUGUGCUGGCGUUGUGCGGGGGUGCGGGGCGGGCUGCUGUUGGGGGCUGUCCCCGUGUCACCACCCGCUCUCGGGUUGUUUCCUAGCAGGGGGAAGGCGGCCGUGGGCUUGUAGACCGCGAAGCCGGGGCCGGUUUCAGGGGCUGCAGUGCCAGCUCCGAAC